AUGGUGGUGAAGGAAGAAGAGAGCUCAGGGACGACGUCAUUGGAGCUGUUCUUGAAGAUCGGUCUAGAUGAAAGAACUGCACGUAAUACCAUUGCCAACAACAAGGUUACCAACAAUCUCACUGCUGUUAUUCACGAGGCUGGUGCCACAGAGGGAUGUAAUCGAAACAUUGGAAAUCUUCUUUACACGGUUGCUACAAAGUACCCAGCAAAUGCCCUCAUUCAUCGCCCUACCUUGCUCGGAUAUAUUGCCUCCACAAAGAUUAAAACCCCAGCCCAGCUAGAAGCUGCAUUUUCAUUUUUAUCCACUACUGCUUCUGAGAGUUUUGAGUUGAAGGAAUUUGAAGAAGCUUGUGGUGUUGGGGUUGAAGUUUCUGAAGAAGAUAUUGAGAGGACUGUUAAUGAAGUAUUUGAACAGAACAAGGGAUCAAUAUUGGAGCUCCGUUAUCGAACAAAUGUGGGAGAUCUAUUUGGGCAUGUUCGCAAGAGGCUUCCGUGGGCUGAUCCAAAGAUUGUCAAGAAACUCAUUGAUGCAAAAUUAUAUGAAUUGCUUGGUGAAAGAACUGCAGCAGAUAAUGAGAAACCUUCAAAACAGAAAAAAGAAAAGCCUGCAAAAGUUCAGGAUAAAAAAGUUGCCGAUGACAAUCCAGUACAGCCAUCUGAAGAUCUUAAUCCAUUCUUGAUAUUUCCCAAUCCUGUGGAAAAUUUCAAGGUGCAUACUGAAAUAUUCUUCAGUGAUCGACCUGUUCUUCGAUGCUGCAACACAAAGGAAGUGCUUGAUAAGCACCUCAAAAGAACCAGCAGGAAAGUUUAUACUCGCUUCCCCCUGAGCCAAAUGGAUAUCUACACAUUGGUCAUGCCAAGGCAAUGUUCGUUAGCUUUGGCCUGGCAAAGGAGCGAGAUGGAUGCUGCUACCUUAGGUGAGGAGUAUGAUGAUACAAACCCUGAAGCUGAAAAGAAAGAAUACAUCAAUCAUAUUGAAGAGAUUGUUGAGUGGAUGGGUUGGAAACCAUUCAAGAUCACUUACACUAGUGAUUAUUUCCAAGAGCUUUAUGAAUUAGCGGUUGAGCUGAUACGAAGGGGUCAUGCUUACAUUGAUCACCAGACACCGGAAGAGAUUAAGGAGUACAGAGAAAAGAAGAUGAACAGUCCUUGGAGGGAUAGACCUAUAGCAGAAUCUUUGAAACUUUUUGAAGAAAUGAGACGGGGCAUGAUUGAAGAAGGCAAAGCAACACUCAGAAUGAAGCAAGACAUGCAGAGUGAUAAUGGGAAUAUGUAUGACCUCAUUGCUUAUCGAAUCAAGUUUACUCCACAUCCACAUUCAGGAGACAAGUGGUGUAUCUAUCCUAGUUAUGACUAUGCUCAUUGCAUUGUGGAUUCUCUUGAGGACAUUACACAUUCGCUCUGCACUCUGGAAUUUGAGACACGGCGUGCUUCAUACUACUGGUUGUUACAUGUAUUGGAUCUUUAUCAGCCUUAUGUGUGGGAAUACUCGCGACUGAAUGUAACCAAUACUGUGAUGUCGAAGCGUAAGUUAAAUUUCUUGGUUACAAACAAGCAUGUUGAUGGUUGGGAUGACCCUCGACUGAUGACUCUAGCUGGUUUAAGGCGUAGAGGUGUAACUUCAACUGCAAUCAAUGCUUUUGUCCGAGGAAUUGGAAUUACUAGAAGUGAUUCUAGUACUAUACGCUUAGAGCGGCUUGAGUAUCACAUAAGAGAAGAACUAAACAGAACAGCACCUCGUGCCAUGGUUGUGUUGCAGCCUCUAAAGGUAGUCAUCACAAACCUGGAAUCUGGGUUGGUUAUGGAUCUUGAUGCAAAAAAAUGGCCUGAUGCCUCAACGGAAGAUUCAUCUGCUUUCUACAAGGUUCCAUUUUCCAGAGUUGUAUACAUUGAACAAUCUGAUUUUCGGAUGAAAGACUCAAAGGACUACUAUGGACUUGCCCCUGGUAAAUCGGUCCUGCUUAGGUAUGCAUUCCCAAUAAAGUGUACAGAAGCAGUCCUUGCUGAUGAUAAUGAGACUAUUUUUGAGAUCCGGGCUGAAUAUGAUCCUUCCAAGAAGACAAAACCAAAGGGAGUUAUACACUGGGUUGCUGAACCUUCACGAGAAGUUGAUCCACUAAGCAUAGAAGUUAGAUUGUUUGAUAAGCUAUUUAAUUCUGAGAAUCCUGCAGAACUUGAAGAUUGGCUUGCAGAUGUGAACCUGCAGUCCAAAGUGGUGAUAUCUGGGGCAUAUGCUGUACCAUCACUUAGAGAUGCUGCCGUUGGGGACAGAUUCCAGUUUGAACGGCUUGGCUACUUUGUGGUUGAUAAGGACUCUACUCCUGAGAGGCUUGUCUUCAAUCGGACUGUAACACUUCGAGAUGGUUAUGGUAAGAGUGGGAAGUUAAAUCAGGUAAGUAUUGAACCUGGCAUCCUCAAACCGGGUCAUCUUGAGACUUGGGCUGCAAGAACAUCCCAGAAGGCAUGUUUCAUCGGGGAUGGGGGACAUGAAGUGAGGUUUGAGUCCUUGGCCUUGGGAGUUCAUGGGGAUAAAAGGCAUUGUUUCUCUUCCCCCACGAAAAAACAAAGGUGUGAAGUAGUUACAUUAGCUUACUGUUUGGUCCUCUGUGGCACAGUCAAUCUGGACUGUGGCGACUAG